AUGGAUCACUAUCUCGUUCGGACAUCGCUGGAAUUCGCUCCAGCGGCUGACUCGGAUUCAGACUGGAAUCAACAUGUAGCUUACGCGUCUACUAUUUAUCCAUUUCUUCGACACGCACUUUUGGCCAUCUCUGGCUUACACGCAUGUCGGACUGGUUUCGUGAACGCCGGACUCUACUACCACGCUGCCUGUUUCCAUGCAGUCAAAGCAUCCACUCUCUUCCGCUCGACUGUGGCAGAUCUUAAUGUCGAGAAUUGGGUUCCCGUGGCCGAAUUCAUCAUAACAUCGGUUUUCUUCAAUUUUGAUGUCAGCUUCGUUUCACGAAGAUUUGGUGAUCCGAGUGGUAGUGCCAGUCCUGCCUCUAUAGUGAGAAUUCUACGAGGCCCCCGGUCUCUCGGAAGCCAGAUGGAUCCUCUAGUGUUCUCCCACCCUCGGGCUAAUAAUCUCCUGAAGAGAAUCCUGCAACACCGCUUCCCACCGGAUCAGGAGUUAAUGACGGCGAUUGGCAGACUGGAGGGGGCUUGCCACGCCGAGCCGACCACAUCUGGUAGCUCGGUUUUGCAGAGUACGGCACAGUCCCUCAGGCAAUGGGCUCAAUUUGUUUCAUGCCAACCCAACAUGUGGGUGCACUUCUUUAGCUGGCCCGCGGGAGUUUCUGAGGAGUAUAUCGAAAUACUGGAGACCGGUUGUGGCCUCGCAAGUGUGAUUUUCGUGUACUGGUGCGCCAUUAUGUCACGAGCACCGAGGAUGUAUUACUUGAUCGGCACGAUGGAGACAUUGGCCCAUCUAGCGAUCAAGGAUCUUGGUGGAAAGUUUAGCGAGUUGCUUGAAUGGCCGCUCAAGGAACUUAAGACAACUGAUAGCCUAAAUUUCGUCUGA